UUGGUUGAGUAAGCCCACCGGCUAACUAAUUGAAUGCAGUGUGUGUGUGUGAGAGAGAGAGAGAGAGAGAGAGAGAGAGAGAGAGAGGAGAGGAGAAAGAAAAGAGAAGUGGAAUCGGAUACCAUGACAUCCUAUAUAGUCGACACUAGCAUUCUUUUCGCCCGUCAGCGGGCCAUUUUAUCAUUGGUAAAUAAGAAGACUGCCGAGGGUUGCAUCGCUUCGUCUUCAUCGCGUUCCUCAACAAGGUGCGGGUCGAGGAGGAGGAGCAUCGUCGAGUGCUCGAGCUCGGGCUGGAGCUGGAGCUGGAGCUGGAUCUGGAGAGGUGGGCGAUCGGAUAAGCCGACGAUGGACCAAGGAAAGGGUUCCGAGGGAAAUGGUGCGGCCGGGGCGAUGGUCUUCGAGCCGAUUCUCGAGGAGGGGGUCUUUCGGUUCGAUUGCUCCGAGACCGACAGAGCUGCGGCGUUUCCUAGCCUCUCCUUCGCGGAUCCUAAUGUCAGGGAGGCUCCGAUCAAGGUUCGUCGGGUCCCCGAGUACGUCCCCGCCUUCGAGCGUCGUCGUGGCCAGCAGAUGGUCACGAUCCAGUUUCCUUCUGGGACAUCCUUUUAUGGAACCGGAGAAGUCAGUGGGCGGCUUGAACGGACAGGAAAUCGGAUUUUUACAUGGAAUACGGAUGCAUGGGGUUAUGGUCCAGGAACAACAUCAUUGUACCAAUCUCACCCUUGGGUUCUAGCCGUUCUUCCAGAUGGAAAGGCACUUGGUGUUCUUGCUGACACAACUCGGCUUUGCGAGAUUGAUUUAAGGAAUGCCUCUACUGUGAAGUUUGUGUCAGAUGCAGUUUAUCCCAUAAUUACAUUUGGUUCAUUUGAUUCACCCACUGAAGUCCUGAUGUCCCUUUCUCAUGCAAUUGGAACUGUUUUUAUGCCUCCGAAAUGGUCGCUUGGUUAUCAUCAAUGUCGUUGGAGCUAUGAAUCUGAUGUAAAAGUUUUGGAGAUUGCUAGAACAUUUCGAGAGAAAGGCAUACCUUGUGAUGUUAUAUGGAUGGACAUUGACUACAUGGAUGGUUUCCGGUGUUUUACUUUUGACAAAGAACGCUUCUCUGAUCCUAAAUCUAUGGUGAAUGAUCUUCAUGCAAGUGGUUUCAACGCUAUCUGGAUGUUAGAUCCUGGAAUCAAAAGCGAAGAAGGCUAUUUUGUCUAUGAAAGUGGUUCUGAAAAUGAUGCCUGGAUUAAAAAGGCAGAUGGAAAGCCUUUUGUUGGGGAGGUGUGGCCUGGGCCUUGUGUUUUCCCUGAUUUCACACAACAAAGCACACGUUUGUGGUGGGCUGAGUUGGUAAAGGAUUUUAUAUCUAAUGGAGUUGAUGGGAUUUGGAAUGAUAUGAAUGAGCCUGCUGUUUUCAAAACUGUAACAAAAACAAUGCCAAAGAGCAACAUACACAGAGGAGAUGCUAAUUUUGGUGGCUGCCAAAAUCACUCUCAUUAUCACAAUGUAUAUGGCAUGUUGAUGGCAAGAUCAACUUACGAAGGGAUGAAAAUGGCCAAUAGCAAUAAAAGGCCAUUUGUACUUACGAGAGCUGGAUUUAUAGGAAGUCAACGUUAUGCUGCAACCUGGACAGGUGAUAACCUAUCAAACUGGGAGCACCUACAUAUGAGCCUGUCAAUGGUGCUUCAAUUGGGGCUUAGUGGCCAGCCAUUAUCAGGACCAGAUAUUGGUGGAUUCGCUGGGAAUGCUACUCCGAAACUCUUCGGUCGGUGGAUGGGACUUGCUGCACUUUUUCCGUUUUGCCGUGGACACACUGAAAAAGGCACUGCAGACCAUGAACCAUGGUCUUUUGGAGAAGAGUGUGAAGAUGUAUGCCGCCUUGCAUUGCUGAGGCGGUAUCGGCUUUUACCUCAUAUAUAUACCCUUUUCUAUAUGGCUCAUACUAAGGGUACACUGGUUGCAGCUCCCACAUUUUUUGCUGAUCCAAAAGAUCCACAAUUGAGAAAAGUUGAGAAUUCCUUUUUACUAGGGCCACUGUUAAUUUGUGCAAGCACUGUGCCUGAUCAAGGUUCGCAUGAAUGUUCCACUGUCUUACCAGGAGUCUGGUUGCGUUUUGACUUUGGUGAUCCACACCCAGAUCUGCCAACUAUGUUUUUGCGAGGUGGAUCAAUAAUUCCUGUGGGUCAUCCAUUACAACAUGUUGGUGAAGCAAACCUAACAGAUGAGCUAUCACUCUUCGUUGCUUUAGAUGAAAAUGGUAAAGCUGCAGGUGUUCUUUAUGAAGACGAUGGUGAUGGCUAUGGGUACACUCAAGGGGAUUAUCUCUUGACAUAUUAUACUGCAGAAAUUGAUUCUUCAGUUCUGACAGUAAAAGUACUUAAAUCUGAAGGGUCAUGGAAGAGGCCACAGCGUGCUCUUCAAGUAAAAUUGUUGCUGGGAGGGGGUGUCAUGAUAGAUGCACGGGGUGUUGAUGGAGAGGAACUGCACUUGAAAAUCCCUUCAAAAUCUGAAGUAUCUAAAUUGGUAGCAGCAAGUGAAAAUAAGUACAACAAACACAUGGAAAAUGCCAAGCAUAUCCCAGAUGUUGAUGAGCUUUCUGGACAGAAGGGAAUUGAGCUCUCAAAGGUGCCUGUAGAGCUGAAGAGUGGUGACUGGGAACUUAAGGUGGUGCCAUGGAUUGGUGGUCGGAUUAUUUCUAUGAUGCAUCAUCCUUCUGGUACACAGUGGCUGCACAGCAGAAUUGAAAUUAAUGGAUACGAAGAAUAUAGUGGUACUGAGUAUCGGUCUGCUGGAUGCUCAGAGGAAUAUAAAGUUGUCAGGAGGAAUCUUGAGCAAGCAAGAGAGGAGGAAUCACUUUGCAUGGAAGGGGAUAUUGGUGGUGGAUUAGUUUUCCAACGCCAGAUAUCCAUUUUUAAAGAGGACCCCAAGGUUUUACGAAUUGAUUCUAGCAUCAUUGCACGCAGUGUUGGAGCUGGUUCUGGUGGAUUUUCAAGGUUGGUUUGCUUGAGGGCUCACCCAACGUUCACCCUUUUGCACCCAACUGAAGUUCUUGUUGCAUUCGAUUCGGUUGAUGGCUUGAAGCAUGAAAUUUUCCAUGAAUCUGGAGAACUAUCAUUUGAGGGAGAUCACCGUCCUAAUGGUGAGUGGAUGCUGGUUGACAGACGUGCAGGAGUAGCCUUAGUUAACCGUUUUGAUCUUCAUCAGGUAAAGAAAUGUCUGGUGCAUUGGGGGACUGGUACUGUCAACUUAGAGUUGUGGUCUGAGGAGAGACCAGUUUCCGUGGACACUCCUUUGAGAAUUUGCCAUGAAUAUGAGGUGAGGCAAGUUGCAUGAUUGCCAAUCUUAUCAGUUUUUUUUCCUUCCAUUGAUACAAUACAGAAGCAGAUCUUAAUGUUAUGCAAUAUUUUACUAAGUUUUGAGAAUAAUAGGAGUUUUUGCUUUUC